AUGGUUGCAGAAGAAGUAUCCCCAGAUUUUCCUUUUGAGAAAAAACAUGUCAAAACCCUAGAUUCGUUCAUGGCUUACGUUGACACCGGCACUCCCAAUACAGCCGCAACGACUGUUGUCUUCGUUCACGGAAAUCCGACGUCAUCUUAUCUUUGGCGUAACAUUAUUCCGCACAUCUCACCUGUUGCCCGUUGCGUCGCGCCUGAUCUUGUAGGCUUUGGAGAUUCGGGGAAGAUGCCUUCCAACGGCUACUACAUAAGAGAGCAUGCUGAAUAUUUUGGAGCGUUCAUGGAAGCCGUAUUACCAGCGAAUGAUAAGGUAGUAUUGGUUGUACACGACUGGGGCUCCGCUUUGGGAUUUGACUGGGCACGAAAAAAUGAGCAACGUGUGGCUGGACUGGUUUUCAUGGAGUUUGUCUACGCCUCCUUAACUGCGGAAAACUUCGUGGGCUGGGAUGACCGCUUAAGCAAAAUGCGCGAUCCGGAUACUGGGCAUAAGUUGGUCCUUGAAGAGAAUUACUUCGUUGAGGUUAUUCUUAAGAAACAUGGUACUUCGAAGGGAGUCCCUGAAGCUGUAAUGGAACACUACCGUAGGCCGUUCGCAAAUCCGCUCGACCGCGAACCGCAAUGGCGGAUGCCCAACGAGAUUCCACUCGAGGGUCGUGCUCCAGAUGUCGGCAAGAUGGUUUGGCAAGCUUGGGAAUGGCUAAAGGCGGGUAAUAAUCAAGUUCCAAAACUGAUCUUCUGGGUGGAGCCAGGUAUGUUGGUACCGCCGCACAGGGUCAAGGAUGUUGCCGAAUGGAUGGGCAACCCCAAGGUUGUUGGGCUCGGACCAUCUGGUCAUUUCCCGCAAGAAGAAUAUCCUCAUCGUAUUGGUGAGGAGACUAGGAAGUUUGUCGACAAUAUCCUAGAAGGAAAAUAA